GGCAAGCUUUAAAUGGUGGUAGGACAGGACAAACAACUACGAAAAACAAUGCGUUGACACAAUUAUUUUAAUUGGUUAAAUAGCUACAUUUUAUGUUUUUAACCGAAACACACUGCUCCUUGUUUGGAAGUCACCCGUCAGUCAGACUUCUUAAAAAACUCAGUUACCCAUAAACGGCUUGAUCUGCUGAAAGUCAGCUGAUUCCUCACAUGACAGAGUUUUUACGAUUUCAGCAUUGAAGCGCAUAUGAUUAGUUAGCAGCGUGAAAACUGUUCGAUAUUGUCAGGGUUGUUUGGUGGAUUCACAUAAUUUAAAUAUACGUAAAGUCGAUUUACAUGGACGUCUGUUGGGUCUGGUUCUGAGACCCUGCAAACUGUGGACAAUAACUAUAGGAUCUUACCACAGGUCCUGGGAGAUGGUGGUUCACAGGAACUUGAAUGACAACACUGCAGCCACAGUGCUGUCCAUGAUGCUCUCUGCCCGAUUGGUGGACUGAGUGUUAGUCAUCUUUGUCGCCAGUUGAUCAUGGGGAUGCACCUGGAAUGGGAGGAGUCCUAUCUUUAAACCCUAGGAAGGACAAACAGGUCAGCAAGUGUGGGCGCAUACAAAACUCUCCCAAAGAUUUUCUCUGUCUAGACAAACGAGGGUGCUGUCAAGUAAGGAUAUCACACCAAGAUGAGGCCAGAAAUCAAAUCACUGUUAAACAUCAUUGUAUUGGGUCUUGGCUUUAUGUUAAUGUUCACUGCCUUCCAGACCUGUGGAAACAUUGAACAAACUGUGAUUAGAAGUUAUAAUAGCACAGAAUUCCAUGGAAGUGGGUACACAAGCAUGGCUAUUAUCUAUGGAGUCUUCUCUGCAUCAAACUUAAUUGCCCCUUCAGUGGUAGCUGUCAUUGGACCUCAGUUGUCACUAUUUUUCAGUGGACUAAUUUACAGUGGAUACAUUGCUAUGUUUAUUCACCCCUUUACCUGGAGUUUCUACACUGCUUCAGUCUUGGUUGGAAUUGCAGCUGCAGUGCUGUGGACAGCUCAGGGGAAUCUUCUCACCAUCAAUUCCAGUGACUCUUCCAUUGGACGAAACAGUGGGAUAUUCUGGGCUUUGCUUCAGUUUAGCUUGUUCUUUGGCAAUCUAUAUAUUUAUGUUGAAUGGCAAGGGAAGGUUCACAUAUCAGAUAAAGACCGGCAGACAGUGUUCAUCUCACUCACCAUCAUCAGUCUGGUUGGAAACUUCCUUUUCUUCCUCAUUCAGCGGCCUGUAACAGAAGUUGUGCCAUCUGACAGAUCUGAAUCACCACUGCCUGGAGAUGCUUGUGAAAGCGACUCAGUUGUGAUAGCACCCCAGGGUCUAGGUGCUCAGGCACUGGUGGCAUUCAAGAAAUCCAUUCAGCUGGCCAUGACCAAAGAAAUGUUGCUGCUAAGCAUAUCCAUCGCAUACACAGGGCUGGAACUGACUUUUUACAGUGGUGUUUAUGGGACAUGUGUUGGAGCCAUGACUCGCUUUGGUGAUGAUGCCAAAAGUCUCAUUGGCCUUGCUGGAAUUUUUAUUGGUGUUGGCGAAAUACUUGGUGGGUCUGUGUUUGGAAUGCUGAACCAGUGCAAGUAUGGAAGGAACCCUGUGGUGUUUUUGGGAUUGGUCACCCAUAUUUUGGCCUUCUACCUAAUAUUCCUGAACAUAGCCAGUGAUGCUCCCUUGGCCCCAGAGGAGGGCACACAGCUGGAAGGCUUCAUCACUCCCAGCAUCGAGUUGGCAUUGUUCUGCAGUUUUCUGCUUGGGCUCGGUGAUAGCUGUUUCAACACACAACUGCUGAGCAUUGUGGGAUUUAUAUUUCGUGAAGACAGUGCCCCAGCAUUUGCUGUUUUCAAGUUUGUACAGUCCAUUGCUGCAGCUCUAGCCUUCUUCUACAGUAAUUAUCUCCAGCUAUACUGGCAACUGCUCAUUAUGGUACUGGUGGGCUUUACUGGCACCCUUUCUUUCUUUGUGGCUGAAUGGAGGGUGGUCAACUGCGGACGAAACUCAGAUUAUGACAGCAUCUAAUGCCUGGAGUCCGAGAGAGAAUUUGGAACCAGAAGACUUCCUUUGUGCCCUCCUUUUCAGCUUUUUUUGUGCAUCUUUCUGGAUCCCCAGGACUGGUGUGGAAUGAGUAGUACUGCAGAAUGUUGUGGUGUUCUCUUUUUUGGCUCACUCAUCGCUCUGAAAUGUGUCUUUUGUCUCUUUUUUUAAAUACUCAAUAUAUAAGCCAUUAAAGUCACUGUUUGCAUUUGUGGUAAUUUAGUUCUAAUUUUAAAAGGGAGGGGUUGGUCGAUUGCACCACUCAAAAAUGUGAUACUACAUAAGCUGAAUAAUUAUUUCAGACAUAAUUCAAGCACUGUCAGGAAUUAUCAACAGAACCAGAUAAUGCUGUAUGACAACUGUCUCAACACAAUCAAAUUAUAUAGAGAGGAAUUUUAAAUACCUUUUAAUUAUAUAUUUUAAUUAUAAUCCUGUCUCAAAAUCAAUAAGCUUCCAAUGCAAAAUUGCAUUGAGAAAUAUUAAACCAUUAAAGUUUUACUUUAUUUUA